AUGGUCAACCCGCUCAAGGCAAUGUCGAGCCUCGUGAAACGGUUCAAAAGGAAGCGAAGGCUUUCGUCCACAAUGCAUUCUCGCUGGGGCGACCCGGCCAUCAGUUAUCCCAAUGAGGGCUCAUGGACUCAAAAAGAUCAAUCCGGGUUCGCGGUCACUCCUCCAACGGGUGCAUACCCUCAUAAUUUUCCAGAUGAGUCGCGGAGCUAUGUGCCGAUGAAUAAUGGACCGACACAAAGCGACAGCCAUCCAAACGAACUUGGUCCUCACAGCAUCGACAUGCGCGACACGGUCGCCGGUCUGCCAAUUCCAAAGGGUUACUUCGACGAAAACAUCCGACAUCGCCCACAGCGAAGCUGCAGUCCACACGUACGAGGCUUGGGCAUUGAUGAUCCGCGAGAAGAACUACAACAAACACCAGCUAGCUCGAAUGAGGAGUCAUGCGACGAAGAUGACGAAGAAAGAGACACAUUCGACGACCCAGGAGGCUCGCUACGUUGCACAGAGAUCGCACGCCCAUCGCCUCAACUCGACUCAUACAUGGGUCACUCUUCAAGAUCCCCUCCAUUGUCAGUAACUUCACGUAUGCGUCGAGUCAGCAUGCAAAGCUCGACAACCGAACCCACGCUCUCGGUCGCUGGAACGACCAGUUCGAGACAUACGAGCUUGACGGCUGCCUCUUCUGUUUCGGCACCCUCACUUCCGCCAGGCACGCCGCGAUAUGCGUUCAAUAACAUGCAUCCAGCACCACUGGAAAAGCGACCUACUCCCCGCUCGCGGGCCCGGGAGCCCGAGCCUGCGUUUGCGGUUCGCCAUGAGAUGGUGCCAUCCUACGAUGAUCUCUAUGGAUGA